UCAAAGCCAAAACUUGUUCGGUAAAAAAAAAAAUUGCAUUUUUCUCUGAUAUUAAAAUGGCGGAUGUCCAAAGCAACGAGCGUAAACUAAAAGUUAAUAAAAACGGCAAAGUUGUGAAAAAGCGCUCAAGAAAUCCAGAAGAAUGGCACAAGCAAAAACAGAAACGAUUGAGAAUUGCUGGAUUGGAAUAUAUCAAUGCAAAUGGAAAAAUCGUUCCUCCAAAACAACCAGGUCCUGACUGUAAUUGUCGUAGGAAAUGUUUUCAAAAAGUACCGGAGGAUGUACGUCUUAAGACAUUUCAGGGAUUUUACUCCAUGAAAACUCACGAUGAACAAAAUGCUUACCUUUUUGGUUUAAUGAGACAGGUUGAUGUUAAAAGAAAAAGAGUGAAAUCCAGCAGUCGUAGAACAUGCACAUUUGAAUACUUUGUCCGUGUUAAAGGCAGGGAGACUCAAGUCUGUCAAACAGCAUUUAAAAAUAUACAUGCUAUAACUGAGAGAAAGGUCAGAGUUCUUUGUAAGAAAAUGGAUGAUGGUAUUAUGUUCCCUAGUGAUAAUAGAGGAAAGAAUAGUCACAGACGAUCAGGAGAGGUGCGUCUUCCAUCAGGAGUAGUUGAUCAAAUAAAAAAUCACAUAUACUCCAUAGUUCAUACACACAGAUUAAAAGAUUUCAUAAGAUUGGACAAGAUAGCAGGUCUGGAAAUCAAUAUUUCAAAAAUGUGGAAGGAUUACAUCAAGACUUAUGAUCCUGACAACAUUACAGCCACAAUGCCUAAAUCAAAGAGAAGCUCUGAUAUGGUACAGCCACAAAAUGAACCUCCCCCACCACCAGCUCCUAUGCCAGUGCCACAAGAAUCUUUUGCUCCAAUUGCUUAUCCAGGCAGUGGUCAUCUUAUGAACAUAGCAGAAAAUUAUUUUGAGAAUCAAUAUCAAACAGCAUUGACAACCUCAUCUGCUGCAACAAAUUUUUACCCUGCGCAAAGUGGUCAGCAUCCACAAGGCAUGGGCAUCCUCCUACAAUCAGUCAAUAGGCCAGCGCAACCAACUACAUUUAUUUUACUUUCUGCUAAACCAGAACCCUCUCAGGAUAAUAAAAUUGCUCUAACUACCAUGCCAUAUAACGAACAAGGUCAAACCUUAGAAGUUUCUUUUGAAACAAGUAAAUCUAAGAAACCCAAGAAGGAGAGAAAGAAAGGACCUAUUGUUAAACAGUGGAGGUACAGUAACAUAUUUCAUGAUGAGAUUAACGGGGCAGCUUUAGCAGCUAUUAAAACUAGGUUGGGUAUGUAUUAUGCAGAAAGUGAUGCUGCCAGAAAAAAGGCAAAACAAGUAAGAGCACAAGAAACUGUUCAGACACAAACUGAACAAGCCCCAAUUAAAACUGACCAGUCAGUGGUUCGGCCUCCACACCAACUCAGAGCUACGCACACAUUGACUAUAUUUACCUAAUAGUGCUUGAAUUGUGAAUAAUAAUUAUUAAUUAUUGAGCAUCUCAUAACAUUAAUAUUAAGCUUCAAAGUAUUAAGAAUACGUAGGAAAUCAAUAAUCUCAAUAUUAGAAAUUAGUGUUUAGGGAAAAAUUCAAAAUAAGCCUUUAAAAUCUGUGCUAUUUUAAAAUAAUUUAUUGUAAUUUUGUUUUUAUUUAUUAUUGAAUUUAUGGAGAAAAUAUUUUAACAAUUAAGAUUAGUGCUAGAACUAUAAUAAUUAACUAAUAUCUGGUAUUGCUACUAUUAUUUACUAUUAUAUUGGUAAUGAAAAGCUUUUUACUGAUUAACUUCAUUUACAAGUUUUAUAUGUAUAUGAAGUACCUAUGUAACUGUGUAUUUUAUUUGAAGUGAUAAUUAUUAUUUUACUA